AUGGGAUUUGUUAUUUUUACGUUUCAGGUGCCCUGGUACAGAGGAUGUGGUGCUGAGGUAGAAUACAGGAAGUGUGAUAGUGAAAGGUUCCGUGUGCUGGGUCCUUCUGACCCUCUGAGUGUCCAGCUUGGAGGCUCAGUGAUGUUACCCUGCUAUGUUGAAACUCCUCUACCGAUGGAUGAGCUGGAAGUGGAGUGGAAGAGAACAGACACUUUAGUUCAUUUGUGGCAGAAUGGACAAAGUGAAUCAGAGUCUCAGAACCAGGAUUAUAGAGAACGAGCACAUUUCUUCUCUGAGGAGGUCAAACAUGGAAACUUCUCACUCUUACUUACUAAUGUAACCAGUAAAGAUGCAGGAGUUUACAGAUGUGUAGUUUAUACAGAGAAGGAAUCUAAUGAAGCUUCAGUUGAAAUAAAGGAACCAGAUCAUCUGAUUGUAACUGGAGGUCACGCUGUAUCUGCUUAUGCUGAUGAAGACGUCACACUGAAUUGCUCAAUCAAAUCUCAUUUACCACUAAAACAGAUAGAACAGAUUGAGUGGAGGAAAGUGGAUGAAAGCAUCUUAGUUCUGCUGUAUGUAAAUGGUGAGGUCCUGACAGAAUCCAGUGAUGAGAGAUACAGAGACAGAGUUGAGCUCUUCAGCAAUCAAGAAGUUCAGAAAGGAAACUUCUCACUGAGACUGAAGAACAUCAGAACUGAGGACAAAGGGCUGUUCAUGUGUGUAGCGUUUCAUGAAGAUUUAUCAGCUAACACCACUGUGGAAGUGCAGCAGCUUGGUUUUUCCUCUUUACAUUAUGGGAUUUUUUUCUUGUGUGGAGUUGCAUUAGUCUCACUGUUGUUGAGCUGCUCAGCAUUUAUUUCUGUAAAAAAUAAUGGUGUAAGCAGAUUUCAGCUUCUCCAUGUUCUAAAGAUCUUUAAAGAAAUCUGCCACCAGCCAGUAAGAACAGGAAGUGAUUAA